AUGACAAACAUCAUCUCCUCCAACAUACAGUUCACUGGCAGUGCAUACUUUCCUUCAGUAGUUUCCUCCUGUCAGAACACACUCAGCAUCAUUGACAGCAUCAGCAGGCCAGCUACAUCCAUACUUCUCCCUCCAUCAGAUGCAGAACAUCAGGCCAUGAGUAUCCUCUCAGCAAUCCCGCUUGAUCUUCAGGCUGGGAUGGACAUUGCAUCUAUGGUUCUGAACCAAUCUUCCAUUACACUCUCCAACAUGGAAAGAUCAACUCCCACAAACAUUGAGUUUGCGCAGCCGCAACAAUGCAACAGCAACAUGAUCAACAGAUGCAUGGUCGACUUGCCUGAUAUCAGCAACAACGUCGACGGAGCUCCACGGUCCAUCAGUUUCCCGUACAACCUGCAAGGUCCACUUUCUGAUGAGUGGAGGGCGACCGUGCCUUGGGACUCACUCCCUUGCACCACUGAGGUCACCACGAAUUACCAGCCGACCAAGUGCUACACUUGA